CAGGUAGCGAAUCGCCCACCUUACUCGGCAACCUAACGCCUCUUCUUCCUCGUUCCCGCAUUUGUUGCCUGGAUCCCGUCCCCGCUUCUCUCCCUCCUCCUCUUGCCGACACGAGGAGUAUAGAAGGAAGAAGAGAAGAGGAAACUGGGACGUCUUCUUCUUCUUCUUCUUCUUCCUACUCCUCUGGUCUAGGAGGGCAUGGGGACGGAUCGGACCUGUAUUGGCGGGAACAUGCGAGAUCUUGAUGAGCAGACGGGAUCCAAUCUCUAAUAGAGUGUGGUGGGCUUAAUUUCCUGCGCCGGAUCGGAGGAAGAGGAGGGAAUGGCGACCUGGAGGUAUAAGGCUGGUUUGUUUCUCAUUCUUGCGGUGGUCGUCAUCUGGGUCGCCUCCGCCGAAGUCACCCAGGGUAUAUUUACAGACUACAAACAACCUUUUGCCAUCACUUACUUGGGAGCCUCCCUUAUGGUUAUAUAUCUACCAGUAGCUUUCGUAAAAGAUUGGUUAUGUAAUCUAUUGAGAAAGAAUUCUUCUAAAAGUGCUAGAAGUCCACAAACUGUCAACAACCCAGGACCUGGAAUUAAUUCUCCUGUAAAACAUCAUGACGUUCAGAAGUUGGUGGAAAUGGAAUCACAAGUACUUUUAACUAAGAAAGACAGUGACCUUGAUCUUUCUGCACAAGAGGAGGAACACUCCCUCAUUUCCAAAAUUAGAGAUGAAAUUGAUUCUGAAGUUUUGAAGGAAAAAAGAUCAUUCACUGCUAAGGAGAUUGCAACAUAUGCAUUUUAUCUUGCUCCUAUUUGGUUUGUCACAGAGUACUUAUCAAAUGCAGCACUUGCAAGGACCAGUGUGGCAAGUACGACUGUGUUAUCUUCAACUUCAGGACUCUUUACUCUUUUUGCUGGUGUUCUUCUACGGCAAGACACCUUAAACAUGGCCAAAGUUGUUGCUGUUUUUGUUAGCAUGGCUGGUGUUGUAAUGACAACUCUUGGCAAGACUUGGGCGACAGAUGAGUCACAAAUAAGCUCCACUAGUAAUGGAAAGCGAUCACUUGUUGGGGAUCUUUUUGGUCUUCUUUCAGCAAUGACAUAUGGUCUAUUUACUGUGCUUCUUAAGAAGUUUGCAGGAGAGGAAGGAGAAGGAGUUGAUGUUCAAAAGCUGUUUGGAUAUGUUGGACUGUUUACACUUGUAUCUUUGUGGUGGCUUGUCUGGCCAUUAACUGCAUUAGGAAUUGAACCCAAGUUUACAAUACCUCACUCUGCUAAAAUGGAAGAAGUAGUGCUUGCUAAUGGCUUUGUUGGAAGUGUACUCUCAGACUACUUCUGGGCAUUAUGUGUUGUUUGGACUACUCCAUUGGUAGCCACCUUGGGCAUGUCGCUUACUAUACCACUUGCCAUGGUAGCUGAUAUGCUUGUUCACGGUCGUCACUAUUCAGCAAUCUAUAUCCUUGGUUCAGUUCAGGUAUUUGCUGGGUUUGUAAUAGCUAAUUUGUCGAACCGUUUGUCUCGAUUAUUUGGCUUCUAGCAUCAACAAACAAUUUGCAGUACAGUGAUUCUUUUAUACAAGAAUUCUUUACAUUCAUAUUGGAAGUUGAUCAACCUCAGAGACAUGCUGGGCAUUAGUGGAAAUUCGACUCAUGUGAGUAGAUCUCUGUGAGAGAUGGUGGGCUCAUCAUGUUUUGCCCUAGGUGCUCUGUAGAUUCGAUAAUUGAUUAGCUGCUUCCGAUACAUCUUUUUUUAUUUGUAUCUGUUGUAAAAUGUCUUGUCAAAUGUGCAUAGUUUUCCAGUUUGUCAGCUGUUAGCCACGGUCUGACUGCAAUGGUUCGAGGGACACUGUGUGUGAGUGCACCAAUUUACCAAUUCUUGCUAGAGGAAUAUUUAAGAGUUCCAAGAUUGUUUAAAUCAACACUUUAUGCAGUUUACCAAUUGGUUUAUUAUAUCUUUAUUCAUUAACGGUAGUGCUCA